AUGGAUUGGAGUCAUCAAGAUGUUUCAAUGUGGUUGACGGAGAAUGGCUUUGACAAAUACAUAGAUAAAUUUAAAGAAGAAGAAAUUGAUGGCUUAUCUCUUUUGAAUUUGAGUUCAUCAUCAAUCGAUGAACUUUUAUCAAUCAAGACUGUUGAUAAUGUUAUUAAAAAGCCAACAAUAGGUUCUAAAACAACGUUCGAAAAGAAACUGGAGGUGCUAAAAACAGAUAUGAUUUCAAGUUCUAGUAAUAUUAUGACAUUAAAUGACAAGCAAUCAGACGUAUUAAUACAAGAAAUAAAUUCAAGUGUUUCAAAUAAUUUAUCAUUUUUUCAUAAUUUGAGUUUUGAUACGGAACAUGUUGUUAUUGAUAAUGAAGAUCAUCUCAAUGGUUCUUUAUCGAUUCCUUAUGCUUCCGACCAGUUGAAUGGUCAAUCGUCAUCGAAUUCUUAUGUUUCAGACCAGUUGAAUGGUCAAUCGUCAUCGAAUCCAACUUUUUUACCGCCAACAAAUGUAGCACCGGAUGAAACAAUCCAUCGAUCAUUACAUACUUCUUCAAUUAUAUCAAUUUCUCAGCCAAAAAAAGUAUUUCCAUUGAAUUAUGUGCUUCCGAAAUUCGAUAAAGCUUUUGAGAAAGCUGCAGAAAACCCAUCAACAACAGAUUUUGGACUUCGAUGCAGAAAAAAACAACAGUUAAUUAAAACGAUUCGUGAUGAUGUAGUCAACUCCUAUGGUGUUGAUUUUUAUCCAACAGCAUCUGAAUAUGUANGUGUGAAAAACAAAUAUCCAGCACUCAGUAAAGUAUUCGGUGAAGAUAUGAGUCUGUUAACAUCAGCAUUGAAACAACAAUUUUCACGUGAGCGUCAACAAUAUGGCUGUGUAUCUGAUGUAUUACUGAAAAAACGACAGUCUUAUGGUCAUCUAUUGUCGGGGCGAAAGCUAAAAUUUACUAAAGUUGAUUUAGUAUCUCAUCGUGAAUAUUUGAUCGAAGAAAAAGAACAAUCUGAAAAAGGAAAGAGAACGAAAAUAGCUGAACAGAAAAACUAG